UUGUUAUACAGCCGUAUAGGCGGGUCUUCGAACCAUAGCCCCGAAAACUAUAGCAGGCUAUCCAAGGACCCUAGACAGGUGCUAGCACUAAUAGUUCUUUAGGUGAUUUCCGGCAUAUAUUCACUCUACGUUGGCACCGCACGUUUCGGUUAUACGACUGUUUAUGGACAAAGUUCCGCAAUAAUUUGGUCCGGCGCUCGAAGCUGGGGGCAAUGGAAGUUUACAUAAAGAGGCAGCAUCUACAGCUGUCUCGCUCUUGAUGGAUGUAAACAAAUCGCCAAAUUCCGCUAACCAUAUCUCAUCACGAUGAAUUGGCUAGCAUGGCUUGCCAUGGUGGCGGCCUUUCAAAUCAUUCAACAAGCACAUGCAAAGGCCGUGUUUGCUCAUUUUAUGGUGACAAACUCAGAAAACUAUACUCUCACCGACUGGCAAUCAGACAUGACCCUGGCUAAAGAUGCCCACAUCGAUGCGUUUGCCCUCAACAUGGCCUUCCUGGACAAGACCAAUAAUCCAUCCCUGGAGAUGGCAUUCGAAGCCGCCAACGCUGUUGGUUUCAAACUCUUCUUCUCCUUCGAUUAUGCCGGUAAUGGACCCUGGGAUGCGACGGUCGUGAUCAAGAUGAUCCAGCAAUAUGGUCCCAACAAUGCAUAUUUUCAGCAUAACUCAAAGCCGUUUGUAUCCACAUUUGAGGGACCGGGCAAUGCAGAAGAUUGGGUCAUUAUUAAGGAGAAGACAGGCUGUUUCUUCAUGCCUGACUGGUCCUCAGUGGGUGCAAAACCAGCCAUGGCCCUAGCUAAUGGCGUGGCGGAUGGUCUAUUCAGUUGGGCUGCAUGGCCAUGGGGCAAUCAAACCAUGGACACAUAUACUGAUGCUUCCUACCUACAGUAUCUAAAUGGAAAGCCAUACAUGUUUGCUGUGUCACCAUGGUUCUAUACAAACCUUGAAGGGUAUAAUAAGAACUGGCUAUGGAAGGGCGACACACUCUGGUUUGAUCGAUGGCAAGAACUCUUAGCUCUUGACCCAAUGCCAGAUUUUGUGCAAAUCAUUUCAUGGAAUGACUAUGGUGAAUCCCACUAUAUUGGUCCGCUACGUGAGAAAUCAAUGGCUGCAUUUGAUAUUGGAAAGGCGCUCUACAAUUAUGUGGAGGGUUAUCCCCACGAUGGUUGGCGUGAUGUUCUGCCAUUUCUGAUUAAGCUUUAUAAGGAUGGUACAGCCAGUAUAGAUGCAGACACUGUGGUCUUCUGGUACCGUCCACAUCCAGUAUCAUCUUGCCAAGAUGCAGGCACAACGGUGAACACAGCCUCCCAGCUACAGCUUGAAUUUACACCAGCAAGCGCAUUAGAGGACCGCAUAUAUGUCAUGGCAGUCUUAUCUGAUGGGAAUCACGCACCAGAACAAAAGAUUGGACCUGGGAUCUUCUUUGGCAGUGUACCUUUUAACCCGGGUAAGGUCCAGAUCAGCCUCUGGAGAACUGAUCCAAUUGUUGGCCAGGCUGAGGGUCUUGAAAUAACGACUGAGUGCACUAGGGGAUAUAAUAACUACAAUGCUUGGGUAGGCAAUCAACAGUGUAUCCGAGGUAAAGGAGCAUAUGAUUUCAAUGAUCUAUGCAACUUCACUUGCUCUUAUGGCUACUGCCCUGUUGGAGCAUGUACCUGUGAGCAGAUGGGAGUUCCACGCUUGAAGCCCAAUGCAACAGGGGUCAUUGGAUACCCUGCAGAAGGUAGGGAUGCAAACUACCUGGGUUUAUGCAGCUUUGCCUGCAAUUAUGGCCACUGCCCAUCAAAGACGUGCGACACCAAGGAGCAUCCCAUGCCGGUACCCACAGUGUCAGACUUCCUACCUCCAGCCUGUGUUGCGGGUACUGGACCGGGAAACACCGCCGGACUAUGCUCAUACAGCUGUAGCUAUGGCUUCUGCCCCCUCCAUUUGUGCACCUGCACCCAGACAGGGCCUCUUGUGCAACCGCCGGAGCAGACUCAGGUCGGUGGCAUGGCGGCUCUCGGUGUCGAUUCGUCCAUUGACAAACUCUGUGACUUCACCUGCAGUCGUGGAUACUGCCCACCACAGGCGUGUCGGUCCAAGGACGACGUGUCUGCCUCUGCAAUUCACACCCGCUGGAUUGAGGGUGAAGGAUUGACAUGCACUGAUGAUGAGAAGAAAGCAAUCGUCCGUGAACUCGUGUAUGCAAUGAAAAUGGCGCAGGAGACCGCAAACAAUAUUCAACUAGGAGAUUACCACACGACCUUCUUCGGGCAAAGGCUGGUGUCCAACUCCAAAUUCAUCUCCGAUACGGUUGAGACCUACAAGCGAGUGGAGCAGAUCCUCGGUGGCCACGCCGACGAGUUUCCAAUGAAGCUGACCUGCAAUCCCAACACCCCACUGUGUAAGAACCCGAAGACCGUGACCGUUGCACACAUGAACGACGCUCGACAGAUCCUAAACUUUUGCCCCAAAUUUUUCCAUGACGCGAGAUUAUUCCCUACCAAAGACCUGCUCGAUAAGUGCGACAUGGAUCUUCGAGAUGCCGCGAGAGCCAGGUCCGCUGCUCUUGUCCACGAGGCCACCCACACGAAAUACGCGAUGCUUGGAAAACCAUAUACCCGUGACGUCGCAUAUGGCUUCAAUGCUUGUUGGCUCCUCCCGCGUGGGUUGUUCGACCGUUCGUGUGCCCCAUGGGCCAAGAAACAGAAAGGCCAACCGCCACCACGGAUCGAGUGUCCCAACAAAGAUGAGAACGGGGAAACAGUCGAAGGUGUCUGCCCAGGGGACCUAGCGGGAAAAAAUGCCGAGUCUUAUCAAUUUGUGGCAGCCGGCGUCUACUUCAGCAGGAAAUGCGGGCACAAUAUUCCCCUGCCGCCUCUGCCACCGACCCCCUCAAAGCGCGCCACGACAUGCCCGAACUUUGCUGACUACAUCUUUUGGGAUGCCAUCGGGGACGAUCUGGUUCCCGUCACCGGCUACGUCCAUCUGGGGGACUCCUUCGCCGCGGGGUUGGGGACCGGCACAACUUCCGGGAGCCCAUGCCGCGUUGGAUCGAACAGUUACGGCAAGUUGGUGUACGAUUCUCUUGAUGGAGAGGACGUACCUUUUCAAAACGUGGCUUGUUCAGGGGACACCAUCCCUGGCCUCAAUAACAAACUCGCGGGCUGGCAGGAGUCGUCGGCAUAUAAUCUGGGGACCGUGACUAUUGGCGGCAACGACGUUGGCUUCUCUAACAUUGUCAAACACUGUAUCUUGAGAUACUUGAACUCGCCAUUGGGCUGGGACGCCUUUUGGUGCAGUUAUUACAAGCGUGCUGCCCGAAAUCUCAUGGCCGACACCAGUAAAAAGGGCCUGCAAUACCUGCUGGGAUCCAUUUACUCUCAGAUCCAUCAAAAAGCGACGUCAAAUCCCGACUUUCACCUCUACGUUGCUGGGUACCCGAGGUUCUUCAACCCUACGACGACAGAGUGUGACAGUGUCACCUUCAAGUACUGGUCUUGGCAAUUCGGUCCAAGCCCAACCACCACUUAUUUGACCACCGACUUGAGGAAGGAGAUGAACGAUCUGGUCGACGGCGUCAACCAAGCCAUUCAGGCUGCAGUGACUGAUACUAACGAGUUGAUGAUUAGCAAUGCUACCCACUUCGUUGACGUGAAUCCCUACUUUGAGGGACAUCGAUGGUGCGAAGCGGGAGUGAAAGAGCCUGAUUCCUCGAACCGGAACACGUACUUCUUCCUAAGCGGCUGGCCGGACGUGACUGAGUCCGGGAUGUUCCAGCAGUCCUCAGCUGAUGACAGCAAUGACCUGAGUGUCUUGGAAGCAACUCGGAAGUUGCCACUCCCAGACGGCAACACAUGCAACACCACUCUCGGUGAAAAUCCGGACCCGGUCAACGUUUACUGGUGUAGUCUUGCACAAGCAGUGGCGCAGGAGCCUGGUGGGGACUUGGCAAAGCAUGUUUCCAUGGCGAAUGGAGCGUUAGCUGAUGGUGACUUUACAAGCCAGGAUGUCAGUCGCUUCUUACCUACACGACAGAUCAAGGCGUUCCAUCCCCGGAGUGCGGGGAUGGCCCUGUAUCGGGAUGCUAUUUUGGCCGCAAGAUUCGAGGUUGACAAAGACUGGUGGUAA